AUUUUUCGUGCUGGGGUGUCGUUAAACAUUCAUUCAUUCAUUCAUUCAUUGUUUAAUACUAGUCUAAUGAGUAAUUCCAUACAUGUAUAGGCUAUGUCAGAAUUAUUUUUCUUGCAGGAAAUAUGUCAUUUCAUCAUGAUGAAUCAUUCUGCUGAUAAUAUUACAGUUGGUGUUUGCUAUCAUGGCAGUGAAGCCUGCAGAAAACCAUAUAUUAAGUGUUAGAACUCGCUGCAGUUUUCCAUUAUUCAAACACAGUGAGAGCAAAGUCACACACGAUGUCCUGCAGGAGUGGUUGAAAGUAUUGGGAAGUGAGAAUGCAGAAUUAAUUAAAAGGGCCUCUGUUCACAGUGGUCUAUUCCAAAGAUUUGAAGCCAUACGUUACAUAUUUUUGGCAUGUGACAAACUCCGAAUGCCUUGUGAAGUAAAAUAUGUUGCCACCGAUCUCUUUGACAGGUUUAUGAUAAAACAUUCUCAAGAUCUGUACGAUCAUGUUAAGAAUAGCGAUUCUGACCAUAAGCAGCGAGAAUUUCAGAGAAUCCAAAAAAGAGUCAAGAAACAAUUGAUUUUACGUAUAAUCUCAUGUUGUCAGAUUGCAAGCAAACUAGCUGCACAUUACACGGUAAUUUCUACGAUGAAGGCAAGGCGGUAUCUUUUAGAAGCUGGCUACCGGUACAAUCCUGAGAGCAUAUUGCAGUCUGAGAUGAGAGUGUUAAAAACACUGGAUUUCAAGUUGGCUACAGCCUCCCCAUUGCUGUUUGUGGAAAUACUUCUAGAAAUAUUGGCUCAGAGUGAUGAGAAUCUGAAAGUGGAACAGUAUCAUCCUAAGGCUAUAAGGUUUCUAGAUCUACUCUUCCUGAGAUGUGAAGACAUCCCACACAAGUUUCUCUUGAAGCCUGCUGGACAGUUGAAGGAGUCAUCAGGCAACUUGAAUGAACUGCAAGUGGUGAAAAUGAAUAAAGUCUUAAUAUCCUCAUCUGUAAUCAUAGCAGCCGUUUACUCUGUUGAUCAAGAAUCUACAGACAAGGUUAUUAAACUGUUACUGAAAAUGACAGACCUGUCAGAAAGCAAUAUUCUUGAUCUAUCAACAUGUCUUCUGGAAAUUGUUUUAGAGAAAUAUAAAAUAGCAUCCCCUUCAUCAGUUUGAAGGAACGGUGAAUUGAACAGUGAAUCUAGAGGGCAGGCAGUCUUUCGUGGAUGACAACAGUUACUGUUCUUAUUUCACUUAAAAUAAUUAAUUGACAGAAAAUGUUGAUUUUCCUAGCCUGUAGUAUCUUUGUCAAUUAUGCUAUUCUUAUUAUUCAACAUGAAUGGGAGAGCAAUAUAUGGAGUUUAAUCUGUUUUGAAUUUUAAUGUCUGGGUUUGUGUGCAGGCUGGAGCUGUGAACAGCAUCUGAAUGAUUCAGUGAAUUUGCUGAGGUGCUUGGGCUGUAUAGUUGCACCAACUUGGUGAACCCAUUAGGUUUUUCCAUUCCAACUUGUGCCACACAACUACUGUAUCAAGGGUUGUGGUAUGUGCCAUUCCAUCUGUGGGGAAAUGUAUAUAAAAUAUCUCUUGUUGCUAAUGACAUUAUGUAGCAGGUUUCCUCUGAAGACUUUGUGUCAGAAUUAUGAAGUUUGACAUUCUAUAGCUGAUGAUUAAUUUUUACUGGUGUCGUUAAACAACAUAAACUUUACUGCGGUUCAGUUGAUAAUGUUGGUCUUUUGUUUCAAUGAUUUUGAAUUAUAUAUUACACCUAUGAGUGUUAUUCAAAGCAUCCAAUUCCCAGUCCAUUUCUAUUAGAGCUGGUCAACAUACUUUCUUUUUUUAUCAAAGAGUUUCAAUAUGGUCACUAUUUUGUCAUGAUAAAGUGUUUUGUGACCUCAAAAAGUCCUCUACACCUGCUAUGAUGACAAGAGUAUAAAACGAUAGUGUGUACAAAACGUCCAGGGACAAAGCAAAUCAGGUAUGAAAUGUCCCAUAACCCAUGAUUAGAACCAAAUUUUGUUCCUAUUAAUUUAACAUUCAGUUUACAAAAGAGACCAAAAUCUGAAGGUGUGAGGUGAUAAGGAGGGCGGGGGAGCAUCUUGAAGCCACAUUCUUUUUCAGUUCCUGCAGAAACUGUAACUUCAGCUGUGUGAGCAGGCACAUUGUCAUGCAGGAUCAUGGUGCCUCUUAUGUUUGCCACUGAUAGCAUUUCACAACCUUUCCAACUCACCUGCAUAGUUAAACCCUGUUUAUCAUGAUGCCUUUCUGAAUAUUUACAAUUACAUAUUUUACAAUAUUUUUCUGCUUAGAAUAUCAGUGUCUGUAUAAAUAAGGUGUUUGUUGUCAUCCCAAUGUUUGAAGUAGCUUAAACCAGAUUUCAUCUAUCAAUAAUUUUAUACGUAUGAUAAAAGAUAUUUUACAAAGCAAAAUGAACAAUGACUGCUACAAACAUUAGCACACAAUUGCAAACACAUUGGAUAUACAGACACUGGCAUUCUUAAAAUAUUUGUUAUUUAAUGUGUAAUUUUAGUCGCCAAAAAGACUGUUAGACUGAAACAUCUUAUACAGGAGAGUCCCUUUUACAUCUUAAUUAGUAAACUGAACAUAUUCAGUUUUAAUUUAAUCAUAUUGUAGUUACAAAUUAAUGUAUACUGACAGCCAUAGAAAACACAGCACCAACUCAAGUCAUUAAAUCAGUGAAAGUAGCAAGCAAAUUCUAUUCAGGUACUGUAUUACGAAAAAGAAACUAUUCUGCAAAGAGAUGACAAAGUCCAAGAGGUUGGUAACAUCCUUUAAUUUUAUUAACCAGCACUUAUUGUGCGUGGGGUACCAAACAGAAUUUCUGGUAAUGUAGUACAAAAUGUCAAUAUCGAGUACGGCCACCAUGAGCAUCCAAUAUGGCAGCACAGCAACGUCUCAUGAAGCGGAUGACCUUCCCGAUGAAGGCCUAAGGAUCUGAUGCCACACGCGAACCAAAUUUGCCUCCAAUUGAUGAAGAGUGUAAGCAGGGGCUUGUAGCCGGAGUAAUCGUCCCAUCGCAUCCCAAACAUGUUCUAUAGGAGCAAGGUCGGGUAACAGAGAUGGCCAUGGAAGAACAUUGAUGUGUUGCUGGUUCAGAUAGGCCAUGGUGAAUUUAGCCUUGAGAGGCCUGGCGUUAUUGUGUUGUAAUGUCUGUAGAUGAGGGUUAGCUGCCAUGUGGGGCAUGACAUGGUUUUGGAGCACCUCGUCUCUGUAGGUUUGGACGUUGCAACGUCCUCAGAAGAUGUGAAGGUCUGUCCUACCUUGCAUGCUGAUUCCUCCCCAUAUCAUCACACUACCACCUCCCCAGCGAUUCACUUCAUGGACACAACAGUUGGCGUAUCUUUCACAACGUCUCCGUCACACCUGCAUCCGCCCAUCGGCAUAGCUGAGAUGAAAUCUGGAUUCAUCUGUAAAGAAGAUCUGUCCCCAAUGGUGUUGUGUCCAUCGAUGAUGUGUUUGAACCCACUGAAUUUGCUGUUGUGUGAGGAUGGGUCCAAUGUAGGGUCUUUUUGAUUGCAGACCUGCUUCCGUAGUCGGUGUCAUACAGUCUGUUGGCUGAUAGGACCGUUCGGGUGAUGGGUGGUAGUCGCUGUCCUAAAUGCAGGUUGAAAUCUGUUGCGCACGUGAGACAAGUAAAUUUACUGAUCUUGGUGGCGGGUAGUGAUAUGUUGUGGACCAGGGUGGGGUUGACCACGUGUGGUGUCAGUUUGCCAUAGGCAGUGUUGCAGUCUCACUAUCGUUGUGGCAAUUGAAUCUAUGGGCCACUUCCCUUGCUGACAAGCCGGCUCUAAGACAUCCUAUGGCUCAUUCCCUCUCAAUGCCAGAAAGUCGCGGCAUCGUGAACAUUGCUGCAUUAACCUAAGGCCGAUCACAACAUGUGAAUCUGAUAACUCAAUUUCCCAGCUUUAUAAUAGUAGAAUUGGUACUGUAAGGUGCCAGUGGCAUGAUUUAUAGUGCAUUUUGAAGAUUUUCAAGAAUUCUGCUCCCGAACAAUAACAUGCAACAGCACAUGCACAAAGUAUGGUUUGAUGUGACCUUUCAUCCUGUUGCAUUCAUUCCACCCUAUAUGUCACACUGCAUCUCCACAAAAACAAAAAAUUGGCCAAAUAAACGAAUUCUGCGUUUUCUAUGGCUGUCAGUAUAUUUGUUAACUGGAAGAAUACUGUCAUCUAAAGAUUCAUGAUGCAUUCUACCUUAUGCUCUGCGAAGAUUUCUUUGAUUAAUUUUCCUCUUUUCUUUUUAUUUGCUAUAAUAAUUAAAUUAUUAUACAAUUAAUUAUUUUGUUAAAGCCUGCUUUAAUUUGGAGUGUAUGUUAGAGCUCUCUACUAUAAUACUGUAUUAUUUAUUGUCACAGGUGACAAGCUAUAUUGUAUAUUUGUUUUGACUUCAUUACAAUCCACAUGAUUCCAGAUAGUCUGUAGUACAGACUGACAGUAAACACAACCACAGUUGCUAUUAUAAUAACAUUUUAAAACAUUUUUGAAUUUUAUAAUUUUUCUUUUCUCUUGUACCAUUUACAUUGAUGAACUGAAGUCACUGGUGACCAAUACAUGUAGUAAAAUGGAAGUUUACAACAUUUGUUAAACAGUUACAAAGAACGUGUUAUAUGGUUCUGUGAUAGAUGUAUAUAGAAACAUUCAUUAUAAAAUCAUAUCUACCUUUUGUGAUCUCCUUCUUUAUAAAUAAGAUGAGCAGAUAUAUGUGUUUAUUUGUGGACCAGACAUUGAUUGUCACCAUAACAUAUAUUAUUCAGUGAUAUCAGUGAAUGUCAGUGAUGCCAAUAAAUGUCAUGGUCACAUGAUAAUGUUAAUUACUCACAUUUGUGUAUUGUCAUUGAAUUACAUUUUGAAUUCUUCUUUUUAAAUUGGCAGUUGAGUUAAUUUAUUGUUUAUAUACAAAUAACUACCAGCUUUGUUAUGAUGAGUACUGGGUGAGAUUGUCUGUUUUUGUUAAUGUUAUAUUUAAAAGAUCACCUUUAUUUUGUAAUUGACAGAUGACAUCCAGUAGAAAAUAGAUUCUUAGAAACAUAUUGAUAUAUCUGGCAAUAAAGUGAUGUAUGGAGUACGGACAAUUGCUCACCGGACAAUACCUCACCGGACAAUUGCUCACUGGACAAUUGCUCACCAAUAAAGUGAGAAAUAGGACAAUUGCUCACCACAAUUGCUGAUUUGUUUAUCAAAAAAUAUAUAUUUUAGGUUAUGGUAUGUGUGUAAAUGGUUGGGUGGCAUUAUAGUUCAGCACAAAUGAAUAUUGUGGGAGAUAUUCCAAAGGAAAUCUCCCAGUUCCCUGUUUCCAUCAGCAAAAUCCUGACACAAAUUCUGCAGUCUGCUUUGCAUCUGCUGAGUGGACCCCUUCACCCUCUUCCUAGGUGGUUCACCUCGCUGAUUUUGGAGGAUGAGGGUGGAAACCAGUGCCUGGUCUUUAUGUAGACUGUCGACACAGAAGGGUGCUGAUGGCCAGCCAGCCUCUAGAAUCCAAUGUUCCAGGACUCCUAUCAAUUUCACAAUUUUUUGUGAUAUUUCAAAUCUUUUUUAAAGCUUUGAUGGUCAAAGUGUUAAGUCUUGCAGAGUAGUACCGGUAAUAAAAGGCUAAACAGUAACUAAUUACUAAAAACAACACAUAAUUCUAAAAGUUUGAUCUACCUAAACCAACAAUACUGUUUGAGUAGUUAUCCUAAAAAUAUAAUGUAAUUAGUAAUUAACACCUAUACCUGAAACACGUUAUAUGCCGUUGAUGUUCAUAAUUACAGUCAGAAGUAACUGCCUCCUUCAACAAACAAUUAUAGGAACCUCAAAAACUUUAAUUAAGUGAAUUGUGUAAUUAACACAACUUUGAAGUUGUGCCUUUAGAAAUUCUAUGUUUUAUGUUCUUUUUUAUUAACAAAAGAAAAAAUAUCAAAGGUGACCACGAUUACCUAACUCCAGUGCCUUCUAAAAAUUCUGUUAUUUUUUAUUAAUAAAAUAAUAAAUAAAAUUUUAUUAAUAAAAAAUACCUAAAGGUGAGCAAUUGUCCUAUUUCUCACUUUAUUGGUGAGCAAUUGUCCAGUGAGCAAUUGUCCGGUGAGGUACUGUCCAGUGAGGUAUUGUCCAUUGAGCAAUUGCCCUACAUUCGUGAUGUAUAUAGCAGUCUGUGGAAACAGAUGGGGAGGAGUUUUGGGAGGCAGCUAGGUAUUGUACAUGUACCUUGUGUAACUGUAAUAUGACAGCCAAGCUUGAUUCCCUAUUGACAUAUGAUAAUAUUCGUACAACAAAGUAUUUUUAUAAUGUUGGUUUCAAUCUCCAUACAGUGCUAUAUGGUAAUAAUGAUUACCCUCCGGACCUUAAUUUACGUAUAGCAGAAUCUAUUCAUAAUUUUUUUGAAUUGUUAAAACGCUUCACGUUUUAAUUUCCUAAAGCCAUUUAAUUUCCUAAAGCCAUUUAUCCUAGAUCACAUUGUCACUUGCAAGUUUGGUUGCUGUACUGUGGGCGGUGGGCGAGAAUCACUGAUGUAAGUUAAUCUUAGGAAGUCGGGUAUAUUUAUGUACGAGGGUACGUGUACGCAUGGACAAGUAUAUUAAUUUUAAUGAUCAUUUAGACUUGUUUUUAUGUUUGAGUGCAAAUUAUGUAAUUGUUUCAGAUUCUCUGAAGAAUAUGUCAACUGAUGUAUGUGUAUAUUAUAAAUCGUAUGUAACAAAGUAUGUGUGGAGAGGCCUGUUUGCCAAUCCAUUUCUUUUGUGAAAUAAAUAUUGUUUAAACUAUUGCUGUUUCACAACGACAAAUACAAAUGCAUCUAAUGUAUUAAAUAUACAUUCAUGUUUAGUGUUCAUAAACCAUCCUGGAUAUAGUGUAUCUGUAACAUAUGUGAUUAUUAAAUGGUUGUGAUAUUUAAAAGAUAUUUUAUUUCAUGUUGAACUGUGAUAUUUAAUUGUUGAUUUUUUUAAUACUUAUGGUGCUAUAUAUGUACUGUUUUAUUGUUGUGGAAUUUGUUAAAUAAGCUUCCGUCUUCAUUACUGUGAUUUUAUUUAUGAAUAUUGUGAUUUGAAUGUGGUAAAACAUUUUUAUUGAGAAUGACAGUAGAAUCUUAUUGGCUUGAAUACCAUUGAGGCACCAUAAUUGUUCAACCAACCGGCUAGUUGGAACCAAGUAUUCUGUCCCUUUCGGGAGUGGCUGUGGAGCUGUAUUGCUUAACAAUUUUAAAACAAAAGUAUAUUUAUUUGUUUAUAAUUUAGUAUAAAAUAAAACAGACCAAAAAAUUAUCUGAUUUACAUACAUAUAUAUAUAUAUUUUUUAGUGCUAGUAUAACAAAGCAAAUGAUUGUUAGAACUUGUUUUGAUUUUAUCAAAUUAUGACUGUUAGAACUUGUCUAUAAUUUGCACAUGCAUAACAGAGGCAAAAUUAUUGUCAUUUCUUAUCCAACACUCUAACACUAGUAACAGUGUGUUUUUGCCACUUGUUAUAAACAGUUUUGCAAAAACAACAUACGGCAAUUAUUGUCUAGAGGCAAUGUGUCACUGCCACUUGUAGCAACCUCAGGUGUUAUAAACAAGUUUGCGAAAACAACGUACGGCAAUCAUUGUCUUGAGGGGUUAUAUUAAAUUGGUCUGUUGUAGUAACAAUACUGUUAGUGAAAUUUAUAAAACAUCUUGAGAAGUGUUGAAGACUGACAUGACACUACAUAUAAUGAUUUCUAAUUUGUUCAGGCUAUAGUUUAUUGCACUUUAUUACAUACCAGAUAUUGCUCAUGUCAUAACAAUCACUCAAUAUCUAACUAGUGUGAUAUUGACGUAACAUUGAUCACUUGCUGACCCAAUUCGUUCGUAGAAAAAUAGUAUGUAGUAGGUCUCAACAUCUGCUUCUGCGUUGUGGCUUGUUUGCAGUUGGUUUGUAAUAAAUAAAAUACUAAACUAGCUUGCCAGUCAUACCAUUUUUAUGAAACUUGUCAACAGUGUUGGUAUCUGACUCGCUUUCGCUGAUCAGAUACCAAAACUGUUCACUCAUUUCAUAAAAAUGGUAUGACAGUCGAGCUCAUUUAGUAUUCUAUAUGUAUAUAUAUGUAUUAAAUGACACUUACAGGGCAACUUAAAAUUUACGGAUUUUUGGUUCACGCAAAAUAUUGUUCAUUGCACUGAAAUUAUUUUUGACGGGGCCUUACAUAAUUGUGAGAGAAGGCUAUGACUUUACCAAAAGUAGUGUUCAGACAUUUAGUCCUGAAACAAAAAUUCAGGAAUUUAUUCUUGGUUUGAGCGUAGCAGUAUGUUCAACACUUCCAUGUUUGAUCAAACGAAAUUCUACUGUAAUUAAGUAGACACUAGACUAAUCCAUGUGUGGCUGCUUUAAAAGCAGGUUUGAUUGAUAUUUCUUUUGUUCUCUUCGCAUAUACUGGCAUUUGAGCAAUGUUACAUGUUUGCAUUAAAAGUUAUUUACAGGACUGUAUUUUUAUGAGUUUUCUAGUGUUAAUAGUAAUGUUACCAGUACUGUUGAAAGUUUAGUUUUGCUAGUAAAACAGAGUCAGCUCAUUUUCCAUUGUCUUUUUUUUGUUUUUUAAUUAAUGUUUUUCAUGAAUUAUACUGAGUCACACAGAGAUGUAUUACUAUUACUCAAACUACUUGGAGUUUGUUAGUUUGUUCUUGUUUUGGGUUUUUUAAAUAUUGUUUAUAUUUAAGCAUGCUAAGCAUUAAAGUAGAUAAUAAUAUUUUAGAAUCUACCUACAUUUAUUUUGCCAGCUUUGUGGCUUUUAUAUUAUUAUUCUUUUUUUUAAUUGUGUCAUAUGGAGUUUUAUGAUUGUAAUGACUGUUAUAUAUAAUAUGUCUAUAUAAUAUAUUUUGUCAAAACAAGCUGAUUAUUAUGGUGCUGUUGCAAUUUAUGUUAACAUAAAAAAAUAUUCUGAAACCUCAAUACAUGUUUUUGAAUUCAUUUAAGUUGUCAUAUUUAAAACUACUGGAUUGAGUUCUAGCCAGUUCUUUAUGACUUGUGAUUUAACAGUACUUAUAUGUGCUGUCCUGUUCGUGGGGAAAAUGGAUAUAAAAGAUUCCUUUCUUCUGAAUGGAUAACCUG